CACAGUUCUAGUUCAAUCGUGAGCUGGUGAUCGUGCUUGUGCCUAUUAUUGCAGUUUUUGUUCUAAGUGUAGGAGGAAAUAUCAAGGAUAGCUUAAGUCAUAGCGACAUACAAGAAAAAGUCUCAAUCGGACAUGACGCCGCUUAUUCUCUUGUCGUUCUUGGCAACGACCUUGGCUCUAGGAAGGAUUCAGUUUCCCCACAGUAGCUAUGGCGUGUAUCAAGCCUCACCUAAGAGUGAUGUCGAGGUUGCCUUUCAAUGGUACUUCCUCGACUGGAUCCAUCCGAGCAUCCAACUCGCCGGCAAGAACUUCACCAUUGGCAAUCCGCUCACCCAGGACGUGGAUAUCGAUAGACGCGGUCGCGUUUUCGUCACCACCCCCCAAUGGCUAAAGGGUACUCCUAUUACACUAUCCAUUGUAACGAACCUGCAAGGUCCGGGUGGACCGUUACUAUCACCCUAUCCUGACUGGAGUUGGCACAAAUCCGAUUGUGACAGCCUUGUUUCCGUUUACAGGAUAGCGAUAGAUGAGUGCGACCGGAUGUGGAUGGUGGACACAGGAACGGUGAGUGGCCAGUCUGUCUGCCCAUCGAAAAUCGUCGUGUUCGACCUUGGUAAGGACAAACUUCUGUUUAAAUAUGUGAUUCCUCUGGAUCAGACGGCCGGUCGCCGUGCAUCGUAUGUAUGUCCGAUCGUUGAGGUCGGCGACACUUGUGACGAUGCCUUUCUCUACGUGGCCGAUGUAUUGGCCCACGGGCUGCUGAUCUAUAACCUACGCACGAAUAGAUCCUGGAGGCUCGAUAAUACACCCAGCAAUGCCUUUGGUAAUGACAUCGAGGCUACAAACUUGACGAUAGUUGGAGAAAACAUUGAUCUGACCGAUGGUAUCCUCGGCAUGUCCCUUUCGCCACGUGGCUUCUUUGCUAACAGAUAUCUCUACUUCAACGCCCUGGCGAGCUUCUUCGAAAAGUUCGUAGACGCAAACUCGUUAAAACGCAGCUUCAUAUACGAGCCGAUCAUUUACCAGUCGACGAGGAGGCGAGUGAGCCACGCCGGUGCCCAGGCGACCUCCAAAACUGGCGCCAUAUUCUUCCAGCUGGGGGAGUUCACGGCGCUCGCUUGUUGGAACAUCGAGAGAUCUUUUUCACCUGAAAAUAUCGUGGAGCUUGUUCAGGACGAGGAGACGCUUCAGUAUAUCAGUGGCAUCAAGGUUAUCGUGAACGCUCUCGGCGAAGAGGAGCUUUGGUUCAACACAAAUCGGCUGCAAAAGACAGUUAAUAAGUCUAGAAGAAUCAACGAGGUUAAUUUUAGGUUGAUACGCGCGAAAGUCGACAAUCUCAUUAGAGGUACGAAAUGCGAAGCCACUGGGUACAGAGAAACCCAGCCGAAUCUUUUAGGCUGGAAGCGAAUUUGAUUAAAGAUGUAGGCACUU